AUGGACAUUAUUCCUCUUAGAACCCGAACAGGGAGAGUCACCCCAGAACAGCUCGGCUCGUAUAUCCAGCUCUUCAAAAAAAAAUUUGACGCUCUAGAAAGUCAUUGUGGGAUUUUGCAGAUUGCACUGGCUGUUGUACAGACUCUAAAAGACCCUCAGAAUGCCAAAUGGGACAACUUCUUAGCCUUUGAACGGCUAUUUGUACAGAAUAUUGGUGAGUCAACAUUUUUUAAUGCACUGAACCAACUGCUACCCAUUAUCAAGUCUUACAAUAACAGGACAGAUAAUAAUGAUUACACUCCCCAAGAGCUGCUUCUGUUACUGGUAUAUAUUUACUCAAUAGUUGGAGAAGUCAAACUGGGAAAAGAAUUAAGUGAGGCUGAAAGUCAAGUGAAGGAAGCCCUUGUCCAAGCUAUUUGUGAUGAACCAGAGCUACCAACUUUGCUGCAGAAAAUAAUAGCUAAUCCAGUACUGCAGAACAGGCUCGGAACCCUGGGACCAAACAGAUGGGGGCAAUCACACAGCAGAUUGUCUAGAACAAUUGGUACUGAACAGGACACCACCUCUGACUACAUCAUCUCCUACUCCAUGCUCCAUGGAUUGUCCGGAUGGAGGAGCUCAUACCAGUGUAAGAGGGAAAACACCACUUACCAUAUGGAGCACCUAAAGCUGUCUUUAGGCUGCCCAGCCACAGGCUAAUGAUGAGAUAAAGCAGAGGCAUGACAUGUCCUCUUGGAUGUUACUGAGAUACCUUUGCCCUGGGGUAAGGAGGCUCUGUAGAUGUGGGUAGUGCCCACUCCA